AGAACGUUGCACAUUUCCUUUCAGUUACCAUUUGACCCUAGUAUGAAGAAGAAGAAGAAGAAAAAGAAGACUGGUUUUGACCCUGAUGCUGUAGAAGAUGCACCGGCAGAGACUCCUGCCGAAGACACAGUUACAGAAGAGAAAGGAGGUGACACAGAACAAGUCCCAGAGAAACCAGUGGAUGAAGAAUUGUCCCUGGACUUUGGUGGUUUGAAGAAAAAGAAAAAGAAGAAAAAGAUGGACAUGGAGGAGUUGAAAGAAGCUUUACCAACAGACGGUACAGACGAGGUAGUGGAGGAUGGGGGAGGGGCACCCGAUAUAGGUGUAACAGACGCUGAUCUGUCUCUACCAAUGAAGAAGAAGAAAAAGAAAAAAGUCGAUUUUGAUGAAUUUAAACCAGAACCAGAUGGUGGGGAAGAAAGUUAUGAUGCAACUGAUGGUGAUAAGAAAUCAGGAAGUGCAAAGGGCAAGGCUUGGGUAGGAUCCGACAGAGAUUAUUCAUAUGACGAGUUGCUCACUAGAGUGUUUGACAUUAUACGAGAAAAGAAUCCAGAAAUGGUAACGGGAGAGAAGAAGAAGAUUGUUAUGAGACCUCCUCAAGUCCUCAGAGCAGGUGCUAGAAGAACCUCAUUUGCAAAUUUUGCUGAAAUUAGUAGAAUGUUGCACAGGCAGUCAAAACACGUAUUAGCAUUUUUAUUAGCUGAAUUGGGUACCAGUGGUUCAGUAGACGGAAACAAUCAGCUAAUUAUUAGAGGCAGAUUUAACCAAAAACAAAUAGAAAAUGUUUUAAGAAGAUAUAUUAGUAAGUAUGCUUUCUUUGUAUUGUAACCUCACU